AUGAUUUGCCGCGAGGCAACACUAUGGCGACAACUGUAUCACCCCAACGUGCUCCCUUUCAUUGGUGUAGAUCGCGUAACAUUCAAUUCCUGCCAUGCGUUGGUUUCGCCAUGGUUGAACAACGGAAAUAUCCUUGUAGAUGCUGCAUCAGGAUUAGCAUAUCUCCACAGCCAAAACAUCGUUCAUGGCGAUUUGCGCGCUCUAUUCACCAAUUGCCAACAGGCUAAUAUUCUUGUCAACGAUCGUCCUGAAGCCUGUAUAUCCGAUUUCGGACUUUCCAUCGUCUCAAGCGCGACAGCCGCGUUGAGCACCGUAGGCCAGUCCAAUGUUCGGUGGCUUCCGCGGGAGCUACUUGAGGGGACGGAGAGGUUCCCGACGUAUCAAUCGGACGUGUACGCGUUCGGACACGUAUGUGGCGAAGCGUACACUACCAAGGCGCCCUUUUGGAAGAUCAAGAUAGAUGGCGCCAUUGUCUGCAUGACGAUACAAGGACAGACUAUGCCGCGUCCAGCAAGUGACGAAUGCCCUGGCCCAAACCUUAGUGACCGUUUAUGGGCUUUCAUGCAGCAAUGCUGGAAUUCUGUCCCCUCCGCCAGACCGUCUGCGGCCGACGUCGUAAGGGAGAUGCGGCUUUUGCAUCGUGAAGAGGACAUGUAA